AUGGCGAUGGAAUACAUUGAUUACAUCAAGGCCAAAGCCCGCCUAGCCACGUCGCACAAGUCAGAGGUUCCAGUACUGUCGGAGGAAGAUGAGCAGUUCUUGGAUCACAUUACAUCUCAGGAGAGCCCUCUACCACUUCCAGCUCGGGAUGGAGCACCCACCUCCGGCAAAGAUGCUCAAAUAGCCCUUAUGGAUGGCGCUCAGAAUAUUCCUCUGCCAGAGACGCCUGACGAAGUCACGGGGGAGCCUGAGAUGAUCCCUGACAGCGGCAAGGCCGAGACUGAGCACAGCAAGACCAAACCCAGGAUCAGGUGGAGUUGGCUGCGACGCGACAGUCGGGAUGUCAAGCGUGAAGGGCGCGAAGUCACAGCUGCCGGACUGGAGGAUAUCGCGCAGAACCUCAAGAGGGCUGAAUUGGAAGAUAGCGACGAGGUGAAACGGGCCAAGAGGGAGGAGGAAGACAUGACCAUUGUUCUCGAACGACUCAACCUUGCCGCGGUGAACAAUCGAGUAUUCUCGAUCAGCGACGAGACACAAGAACUUCUGCAGAAAUUCAAUCUCGUCUUUAAGGAUCUGAUCCAUGGCGUGCCGACGGCUUACGAAGACCUUGAGUCCCUCUUGACCAAUGGUGACCGGCAACUACAGAAGACUUUCAAUUCGCUGCCAUCUUUCCUCCAGAAGCUCAUUGAGAAGCUUCCCGAGAACGUGACCAAGGGAUUUGCUCCUGAAAUGAUGGCAGCUGCGGCCGAGCGAGCGCAAAAGAGCGGGAUCAAUAUGGACAAUGCCGGAAAAACAGCAGCGGCCGCCUCCAAAAUGGGAUUCAAAACGCCGUCGCUCAAGGAACUAGUGGGGAAGCCCGCGGCAAUCACGGGCAUGUUGAGAUCGAUCAUCACCUACUUGCGGGCUCGAUUUCCCGCCUUUAUGGGUAUGAAUGUGUUAUGGUCACUGGCCAUGUUUGUACUCUUGUUUGUCCUCUGGUAUUGUCAUAAACGUGGCCGAGAAGUCAGGCUGGAGAAAGAACGCCAGCUCACAGAAGAGGAAGUAGAAAAGCUGGAUAAGGAAUACCGAGCACAGCAUCCAGAUGAGGUGCCAACAGCGACAGCGGAAAAGGGGACCUCCACGAAGGAGGUUGCGAAAUCAGUUGAUCCGGCAAUGGUUCCUCCUACGACGGUGCCACAAUGA